UUUCUAUAAAUGGUAGGCCUAUGUAUGUCGAAUAAAGGACUACACGCGUCUUGACAGCUGACUUGCAGAUCCAAGAUUGUCAAGUAGGAAGAGCAGUAUGGGCUUCGGAGAGGAGCUGUGGUGCCCCCAGGCCCACGCCUCGCUCAUGCGGCUGCAGGACUCGGAGUUGCGGCUCAUGGAGCUCAUCAAGAAGUGGAUGAACCAGCGGGCCAAGAGCGACCGCGACUUCUCCACGCAGCUGCACCAGAUGGCGGCCAUGGUGGAGAAGCUGGAGGGCACCCAGCCCGGGGGCAGCCUGGACUACAUCAGCCAGCUCAACAAGUCCUGGAGCGUGCUGGUGAGUCAGACGGAGAACCUGAGCCGCAUCAUGAAGAAGCGCUCGGAGGACCUGUCGUCUGGACCCCUCAGCAAGCUCACCCUGCUGAUCCGGGACAAGCAGCAGAUCCGCAAGUCCUACGGCGAGCAGUGGACACAGCUGACCCAGGACCUGUGCAAGGUGACCCAGUCUGAGCCAGAGAAGUUAAGGGGCAGCUAUAAGCAAUUGGUCAAGGAGGCAGCUCAGGCCAAGAAGAAGUACCUGGAAGCCAGCAAAGAUCGUGAGCGUGAGCGUGCGAGGGAGCGCUAUGUGAAGUCUACUCUGAAGCUGCAUGAGCUGCAUAAUGAGUAUGUGUUGGCCGUCAGGGCGGCCCAGGUCCACCACCAGCAGCACUACAGCCUGGGCCAACCCGCCCUGCUCACCGCCCUGCAAACCCUGCAGGAGGAGAUGGUCCUCGUGCUGAAGGAGAUUCUGCAAGAGUAUUUUGACUUGACCACGCUACUUCAUGAGGAGGUGGUGUCAGUUCACAUGGAGAUGACCAAUGCCCUGAACGCCAUCAACCCCCAGAGGGAGUACGAUAGCUUCAUCCAGCAGAACAGGUCUGUAGCAGAGGUGCCUGCGUGUGUGGAGUUUGACUCCAGUGUUCUGGACGAGGCGGAGGACCUUCAGGCAGGGGAGCUGGUGCUCAACGAACUGACCAUAGAGGGCGUACAACACAGGCUGAGCACGGUGGAGGACGAGCUGUUGAGUCUGACGUCCACCCUGGGGAACCAGCAGGCCACCGUCACCCAGCUGGAGCUGGACCUGCAGGCGGAGCAGGAGGGCCCCGAGAUCAGGGGACAAAGGAUCUACCAGUUCAGCAAGCGCAACGCGCUGGAGGACAGCCGUCAGCAGGUGGUGGUGUCCAUGGUAACGCGUGCACGUCUGGAGGCCCAGCGGCUGCUAUUGGCCGAGAGGCUUCAGAGCCUGGGCUCCCGGGAGCCGCCGCGCAUCCUGGAGCUGGACGACGACCGCCGAUCCAUCACGUCAUCCUCCUCCAUAGGUGGAGGAACAGAGUUCAAGCUUCCCAACGUGGAGUCUGUCCUAUCCCAUCUCAGUGCCCUCUUCAAGCCCAAGUACACGGUUCCUCCUGCGCUGUCUCCGGUGAGCGAGGUGGAGAAGCCCCUGAGCCAACAGGGCUGGUACCACGGCGCCAUCCCCCGCCUGGAGGUGCAGGAGCUGCUCAAGAACGACGGAGACUUCCUGGUGAGGGAGAGCCAGGGUAAGCAGGAGUAUGUGAUCUCUGUUCACUGGGGAGGCCAGUGCCGACACUUCCUUAUCCAGAGCGCUGAGAACAUGUAUCGUCUGGAUGGAGAGAGUUUUCGCAGUAUCCCCCUGCUGGUGAACCACUUAAAAAACUCUAAUCAGAGUGUUACCAAGCGGUGUGACAUCAGGCUUUAUAAGCCUAUUAUGAAGGACAAGUGGGUUCUGGAGCAUGACGAUGUCAUACUGGGCCAGAGUAUUGGCCGGGGCAACUUUGGUGAGGUGUUUAGUGGGCGGUUGCGUUCCGAUAACACACCGGUAGCUGUCAAAUCGUGCAGAGAAAGUGUUGCACCAGAGCAGAAGAACAAAUUUCUCAUGGAGGCCAGGAUUCUGAAACAGUAUGAUCACCCCAACAUUGUCAAACUGAUUGGGGUGUGUACGCAGAAACAGCCCAUCCUUAUUGUCAUGGAACUGGUACAAGGUGGGGACUUCCUGUCCUUCCUGCGUAGCGAGGGCCACCACCUCAGGCCACAGAUGCUCAUCAGGAUGGCCGAGAAUGUGGCCUCCGGCAUGGAGUACCUGGCCAGCAACAAGUGCAUACACCGUGACUUGGCGGCGCGUAACUGCCUGGUGGGGGAGCAGAGCGUGGUGAAGAUCAGUGACUUCGGCAUGUCCCGCGAGGAGGAGGACGGGGUGUAUGCGGCCACCGGGGGGAUGAAGCAGAUCCCCGUCAAGUGGACCGCACCAGAGGCCCUGAAUUAUGGGCGCUACACCUCUGAGAGCGACGUGUGGAGCUUCGGCGUGUUGCUAUGGGAGACGUUCAGCCGAGGCACCACCCCCUAUGCCAACAUGUCCAACCUGCAGACGCGAGAGGAGGUGGAGAGAGGCUUCAGACUUCCAGCGCCCACUAACUGUCCGGCUGACGUGUAUGCUCUGAUGACCCAGUGCUGGCAGUACGACCAGAGGAACCGGCCCUCCUUCACCAAAAUAAGGCUGCAGCUCUCUAACAUGUGCCAUUAGUCUACAUAGUGUGGUCCAGACAACACACAUGCGUGCGCCCGCGCGCACACACACACGGGUGGGCCCGGGCGCAUACACACGCACACACACACACAC